UCAGGUGCGACAACUUGAUUCGUCAAUCGUGAAAAUGGCGUCCAAAUGAGUACACACGGAAGUGACAAGGAAAGUAAAAGUGAGGAGUUUGAAGAACACAACAUUAGAGAAACACGUCCAAAGACUGAACAGGGAAUUUGACAGAAGAUGGCGCCUUCUGGUGGUGGCUGUUGCUACCCUGUGAGGAGCAGGAGAAGCACAGUGCUGAUUGUGAUUCUGUUGAUCUCAGCUGGUUUUAUGCCAUCAGGCGAAUCAGCUUUGGUUGCCAGAACAGAGUAUGCAAUGGAUCAGCGUUAUGAUUGUGUUAGCAAUGGCAUACAAGACGUGCCAAGGGGUCAAACAACAUACUUACGAGGCCGCAGUGGGAGUGGAACAGGAGGUACAGAGCUCAACUGUUUGCUGCAGUUCGCACCCCAGACCAAAGGCGACACCUUGAGAGUGUGGUUUGAACCUGGAGCUUUUAUGGAUGACUGCAAAGUUGAAUUACAAGUGGAGUUGAGCAAUGCAGGGCCAGUUCGCAAUCGUAAAGUGUAUGGGGGCUACAGUUAUGGCUGUUUGAGCCAGUCAGUUCCAGACGAGCUGAAGGCUGAUAAUGGAGUUGCCAGGGUUCAACUGAGGCGAGAAAAUUUCGACAACGUCAACUACAACUUCAGAUUAGCUAUAAGGGCACAGCGCUCUAUAGACGAAGCUGGUGGUGCUGGUGGAUCAAGCUCUGCAGAUGCGGGCAUGAUUGCAGGAAUUGUAGCCGGGGUCAUCGUUCUACUCAUUAUUUUGGCUGUUAUCUGUGUCUGCUGCAGGCGAAGGCGCCGAGAAAACCUGGCCAGAGAUCGAUCGCGAAACGAGCUGAAACAAGAUCUCACAAAAGAGUCUUUAAAUACUAGUAUUGGGUAUGACAACAAAGGUGUUCAAAACGGCAGGCUCAAUACUUCAGCGAAUGAUUCCCCGUCAUCAGAUAAAAAGCUACUGGUUGACAGGCAGCAGAUGACAGCGUUAGAUCGAUUUGGGCCUUCGCCUUCCCAGAGGCGACGUCAGCUGAAUAACAAGAGAGACUACGAUGAUGUUGAGAGGGGUAGAGGUGAGGAACAUAAUAGCGACUACGAGGAACAGGAAGUGAGGCCCAGAGAGAAUAGAAUGUACCAGGAGCGGGAGUUUGGGAGGAGACGAGAUGAUUAUAGUGACAGUGACUAUGAUCCAAGGAGAGAUGACUAUGAGGUGAGGGGUUUUGGCCGCCGACGUAAUGACGAUGUUCGAAGGCCUGAGCCAGAGUCGAGUAGGGAAGGUAACCAGGAGACACGAAUGCCCCCACUUUUGGAAGCCCUCCAUAAAAACCCUAAGUUCCGUAGAUCUUUCCAUGAGAAUGAGGCUGCGGCAGAAGACCGUGUGAGGCGUGUGUCUGGCAGCAAUGAAGAUAGUCGUUCCUCUGGAUCCGUUGAUUCAACAGGGGUGCCCAAACCACCUAAGUUGCCUCCUGUUCCAAAGUCACCCCCACGCUCACCUAGCCCCCAGCGUCGAGGUGAGAAAAUUGCAGGAAUUUUCCGCGCUCGCCCAUCCUCGUCUUCCUCUGAGGUUGCUCGUGUGGACGGGGAGACGGAAGUGAUGGGUGAUAGCCCCAGGUCGAGGGACGAAAGAACUCCUGAUCGGGAGGACAGAGAAAAGAAAGCUGACACAAGGCACACUCUGAGGCCAAACAGAGGGGAUGAGAGGAGACCUCGUGAAGAAAAAAGAAGAGACCGGCAAAUGGAGGAUGAAAGUGAGGAAGAACGUAGAAGAGAAAGGAGAGAGAGAGACAGAAGAGAUGAAGAGAGAGCAAGAAGAAGGAGACAAGAGGAAGAAGAAGAACAAGAAGAGGAAGAACGCAGGAGAAAGAAGCAGGAGAAGAAAGAGGAUGAUGAGGAAGAAAGGAGGAGGAGGAAACGUGAUAGAGAAAGAGAAGAAGAUAAAAAGGAGUAUGAAGGAAGGUUUAAAAAGUCUGCCAGCGGUCGCAGGUCCAAAGGUAAAGGCACACGAAUGGGUCGAUCGAGAAGUACUGGAAAUGCCCUAGAAGAAAUGGAGUCAAACUAUCAACGAUCUCGCUCCAAGUCACCGAGCAGCGUGCGCUCUCUCAACUUUAUAGAAGAUGAUGAUGAAGAUGAAGAUUUGGACAGCAACUACAUGCCUUUCCGCCGUGCUGGCUCCAAGACCUCCCUGUACGCCUCGCGCUCCUCUUUGUACGGCCGUCGGAGGAAGAACUCAAUGGGAGAGACUAUGUCUAUGUCCUCUUAUGCUCAUGAUGACAUGGACUCAAGGAUGGGUGACUUUGACAGAGUUCGUAUGUCUCAUCGGGACAAGGAGAAGAUGUUCAGGUCUACGGGUGACCUUGAGAUGAGGCCAGCAUCUGCCCAGAUUGUUCGUGACUGUGCUACUCAGACCGGGAGUGAGAGGGCGGUUUACGUCUAUGGCAAGAAGACCCUUGCCAAAGAGAGGCCAGGCAAACGAUACAGCAGAGGCACCCAGACUGGGUCAGGACGGGAGCGCAGAGACUCUGUGGGCUCUGCUAAAUCUGGGCGGUCGACGAAGUCAAAUCAAAAACUGAAGUCCCGUAGUAAGAGCCAGGAGAGUUUACGCCGAGAGAAGCGGUCACGAUCCAGAGGCUAUGAUGAUGAUGAAGAGAGUGACUAUGGGAGAAGGCGGGGCAGGUCCAAGUCGCGGGACAGAGAUUACAGCGAUGAUGAACUUGAUGGCCGAAGGAGGAAACAUCGAUCCAAGUCCCGGGAUAUUUCCGAUGACGAAGACGACAGACGUAGCAAGAGCUCACGCUCAAAGCCGCGGCCAAGGCCACGCCGGUCUCAGGGCACAGCUAGUGUUGACCUUUCAGACUCUGCUGAUGACUUUGAUGAUGACAAGUCUGGCGUUGCAUCUAGUGUGGCUCCUUCAUCAGUUUUACCAGGCAGCCACCAGGGUUAUCCUCCAGCUAUGUACCCGCCUGGUUACCCAAUGGCGUACCCAACACCUGGCGCCCCCUACGUCCCCGUCGCUCCUGUUGUUGUCGGUGGGGCCUAUGGUCAGCCUGCUCCCCCUGCUCAGAGUCGGCGCCCCCCUGUGGCCCCCAAGCCAACAAAAUCCAAGUGGGACCAACUGGUAGCCAUGACAGAUGGGGAGAAGCAACGACUUCGCCAUCAGGGGGAUUCAGUUGCAGAAACAGAAUCAGUGCUCAGCUCAGCGUACGGCCGACCCCCUCAAGUGGUGUACGCCCCUCCUUCCUACACUUCGGGGCAGCGAUUUCCAGACCCGAACUCUACGAUCAGCUCCGCGUACCCUGACUCAUCUGGUGCCUACAAGCUCUACCAGGGCAGCAAUUACGCUCCAUCAGACAGUGCAGUGUGAUGAGCACUCCAACGCUCGGGACACAAAGCAGCAACAUGCGACAGUGCUCACUGGUAACAGAAUGGGCUCUUGUUACAAUUUAAUCAAAGUGAAAUAACGAGCCUAUUUGCCUCGCUAUCAUUUUAUGUAAUAGUCUUAUAAAGUACAGACUUUUUAACCCUUUCACCUGUGGAGUCGCCAUGAGCCACCGAUAUUGGCAAACCCCUGCAGUCACCUCACACUGUCGAACAUGCUCUCCCGAUUUUAUCGCUAAAAUGCUUUACCUUUCGGUUUAGGCAGGAGGUCUGGUCAGAAAUGAUUGAAACGAGGCUAUUAAGUAAAAAGAAAGUCAUUUUUCAUUCUUUGAGUUUUUUAUUGAUUAGAAUGACCUAGAGAUAGCGCAUUUUAAGAUGCAGUGACAAGGAGGAUGCAAUGGAAUUGAAACUUGGAUCAAUCUCAAAAGCUUUGAAAUACACAAUAACCCAGCCCAUGAAUAGAUCCCGACCUACUAGACUCGUUGAAAAUGCAUCUUUUUUUAUCCAGAUUAAAUUGUAAAUAAUUUUUUUAAAAUGAAUUUUUAUGUAGUGUGGCACCAUGGUGAAAUAAGGUGUUCAUCAAAA